GGGUCGGAAAGGAUUACCCGCCCAUCCCCCCAUAUCCCUCUCCACAGCUAGGUUUUCCAUUCUCACUCUCUCUCAUUCUGUCACUCCAGAACCGAAUAUAUAUAUAUAUUCUCUGUGAUUUUCUUUAAACUUCUAGUUUUUGACUAUUUUCAUGGUUAUCUAUUCCAAGUUCCAACUAGCAAGCUACAUCAGCUUACUACCAUAUCAAUCGGUGGAAAUUUACGGUGCAAAAAGGCCUGUUGUGUAGCCAAUAAUUUUCCCGGAUUUGUGACGGCGAUGAUCUAGCGGCGGCGCUUGCCACGAUUCUUCAAGCUUCCUGGGAUUUUCCCGGAAAAUUGAUUUGAGCUGAGGUCGAUCUUCAAAAGCUCUGUUGAGCCUCCGAUUGAUUCCGGGACUUUUCCUUCGAACCCAUUUUGGCUAAGAUCGAGAAGCUUCGCCGCUAAAAUUGUCUCUGGAGAGUGUAAUCUGAUCGAGAUUGGUUAAAUCUCCCAACCCAUCUGAAAUUUCACCAAAGACGGGAGAGAGCGAGAGCCAGAGCAAGCGAAUCGAAGUGAUCGAAGAAAACGAGAUUGAAGUCGGUGGAAGUCAACGACCAGUCCAUGUAACGUAGGCAACGAUUGAAAGAGAGAGAGAGAGGGGGAGGCGAUUUUGCUUUCAACAAUCGAAGAAGAUGAAGAUCAAAGAGCCUGUGAAGCAAAUAUAUGGAAGAAGCUCCACUUUCGUAGCCCUAAUUGCAAGACCAAAUCAGAAAUGAACCGAUCACAGGAGUCUCCAUCCCUUAAGCGGAAACGACCAGAACCAAAUACACACGCUCAGUCACCUGAGAGUGUACUAUUAAAUCUGAUAAAAAGCAAAAGAGAUAUGGGAAUCUGGAAAGGAGACAUGAAACGAGAGACAAAUCUCCCAGAACCUGUGGUUAACAAAGCCCUCAAGACACUCCAAGGCAAGGCACUUAUAAAAGAGGUUGUUAACAUAAAAAGCAAGGGGAGGAAACAUUUUAUGGCAGCAGAGUUUGAACCGUCGAAGGAACUCACUGGCGGUGCAUGGUAUGUGGAGGGUAAACUCGAUCAAGAAUUCAUUGCCGUUCUUAAAGACUCAUGCUCAAAAAUCAUACGGAAGCUGAAGGUAGUUACAGCAGAGGGAAUUUCUGAUUUUAUCAAGAGGAAUAAAAUCACCACAAUUGAGUGCAAAACUCACCAAAUUGAAGAGAUAUUGAAGUCUAUGGUUUUAGAUAACGAGAUUUUUGAGGUGAAGAGCACUGGACUAGGAGAAUAUCAUUCCAUUCCAAUUGGCACUGCUUGUUAUAGAUCUUCAACUGGAAUGGGCCUCGGACAGGGACCAAAAAUUGGGGCCAUGGCUUCAAUUCCAUGCGGGGUUUGUCUUCGCAUAAGUCAGUGCACACCUGAUGGCAUUAUUUCUCCUAAGACCUGUGAAUACUACAAGAAAUGGUUGGAUUUUUGAAUUUUAAAUGAUUUUAUUUGGAUGAUGUGAAUGGAUUCAAAUUUCUGGUACUCCGAGAAGUUUAUACUUUCCUAAUAUAGUUUAUGAAUCUUGUUUUGUUGUUAUGCGUAUCAUUACAGACUUUGCUAUAUAUUAUAUUUGUACAUGUCAGUUGAAAAUUUAUUGUUA